AUGAACGGUGACCCACCUUUCAAGCAAGCGGCACGCAGAGCGACGUUGUAUACAAUGGCUGCCGAAUUAUCAGACGAACAUAUUUCUGAAUUUAAAAGAGCCUUUGAGCUUUUCGAUGAAGACGGCGAUGAUGUCAUCACUGCCUGGGAACUGGAUUGUAUCCUUAAAUCGCAAUUUGGAGAGCAAAGUCCGUCAGAGAGAGAAUUGAAAAAUCUGACCAGAGAGCAACAAUGCCCUGAAAGUGGAAUGAUCCGAUAUGAUGACUACCUAGAUCUGAUGGGUCGCAAAUUGAAGGACAGAGAGAAAGAGAUGGAAAUACGAGAGGCCUUCCGAGUGUUUGAUAAAGACGGAAAUGGUUUCGUCAGUGCCGCAGAGAUUAAACAGGCUAUGGUGAGGCUAGGAGAAAGUGUCAACGACGAAGAUGUCGAUACUAUGAUUCGAGAGGCUGAUGAGGACGGCGAUGGCCAUAUUAGCUACCACGAAUUUGCUAAAUUGAUGACCAGCACGUGA